UGGCAGUGUGUCACCAUGGCGUGGCAGUAUUUCCAGCACUUGGCCGCAAAUGGUUAUUUAAUGCCAAACAUGUCAGCCUUGAGUGGAAUUCCAGAUGUGGCCUUGGAGAUUGGACGUAGCCGGUAUAUACUUGUGAAAGUGCAUUUGAAGGAUGACGAAGAAACCUACAAGUAUGUUGUCCGUGGCUCUGUUCUAGCUGCUAACCAUACAGAGGUCCUUGAAAAGGAGACUGCUGCAUUGAAGGCAGCUGGCCUGGAGUGCGAAUGCCUUGGCGGCGGAUACAUCAUCCACCUCCCAGACACAAAAGAGCUAAAAGUCUAUGGCAACUCGCAGACCUACGGGCAAGCGGACCAUGCCAAGACAACAGAGAUCCUCAAGAAGCAAUACCCAACUUACACUUCAAUCACUUGGAGCAAUGAUGCCAUUGUUUAACAGUGUGUGUGACUUGCUUUAAA